GGUUCACGAUGCGAUUGCAAUUAAAUUAAACUAUACAAAAGAUGCAUCAAUUCCAACAGAGAUGACAGCAUGGUAUUAUUGUACAGACAAGCGAACAGAUUCUGGCACACUCAAUCCUGUAAUGUACGAAUUUGGAACUAUAAACCGAGAAGGCAUCCCAAUUAACAUUCGACGCGGACAAUGUGUUAUUCAAAUUCUACUUGAAUGCAUUUAUCAUAGAAUGCCAAAUGACUUUGUCAUUCCUUCUUCUCCCCUUUCUAAUCCUAUCUUCCUCGACCUUUACGAU